AUGGAAGAUUUGGAGACUAACUUAAUCCAGUCACGCAGAGCCUGUAGAAUAGAGCAAAUGGUGGCAAAAUGGCUUCAUCGCUCUCGGGAUGGUGCAUCCAGGGGCACAGUUUCUGUGACAGACAGCACCAGUGAUGGCAGUGGCCAGCCUGCCAGCCGUGUCAAACUUACUGUCACAGUUUACAAAGACUUGAUCCUCUGUCACUAUGGCUUUGAGAUCUGUCCAAACCUUCCUCUUACGAUUGCAUCUGUCACUGCAGGGAGCACUGCCGAAGGGAAGCUGCAGCCAGGCGACCAGCUCCUCCAGAUCAACUCUACUGUCGUGGACGAUGUGUCUGUCGAACAAGCAGCUGCCAUCAUCAGGUCAGCUUCAGCACGGGUGAAGAUGACAGCCCUGCCUGUUUCCUGGGCCUCUUGUACCUCACUGCAACUGACUGAGCUACCAACUGCCUGCUGUCAUUUUUUUCAGGGUGGGCCCAAGUCAUCAUUUCUCACUGCAGAGAAGAAGGCAAGGCUGAAAACGAACCCUGUGAAGGUGCGGUUUGCAGAGGAGGUGCUGGUGAACGGGCACUCACAGGGGAAUUCUCUUCUUUGUAUGCCCAACGUUCUCAAGGUGUACUUGGAAAAUGGACAGACGAAGGCUUUCAGGUUUGAAGUGAACACUACUGUCAAGGACAUCGUCCUCACCCUGAAGGAGAAGCUCUCCAUCCAGAGGAUCGCACACUUUGCCCUGGCUCUGGAGGAGCAGUACAAUGUGGCAAAGAUCCACUUGCUGCAUGAGGAGGAGCUCAUUGAGCAGGUGGUCCAAAAAAGAGAAUCUCAUGACUACCGGUGCCUCUUCAGAGUUUGCUUUGUCCCCAAGGAUCCCUUAGACCUCCUGCAGGAAGACCCAGUUGCUUUCGAGUAUCUCUACUUGCAGAGCUGCAGUGAUGUGCUUCAGGAAAGAUUUGCUGUGGAAAUGAAAUGCAGUGUGGCAUUACGUCUGGCUGCUCUGCAUAUACAGGAGAGGAUCUAUGCUUGUGCUCAGUCACAGAAAGUAUCCUUGAAAUACAUUGAGAGGGACUGGGGAAUCGAAAACUUCAUCUCACCAACUUUGCUUCAAAACAUGAGAGGGAAGGACAUCAAGAAAGCCAUCAGCUACCACAUGAAGCGGAACCAGCUGCUUCUGGACCCUCGACAGAAGCACAGGCUUGCAGCGGUCCAAGUGCGCCUGAGCUACCUGCAAAUACUGGGAGACCUGAAGAUGUACAAUGGGAAGAUCUUUAAUGCCACCCUGAUGCUACAGGACAGAGAAUCGUAUGUUGCAUUGCUGGUGGGUGCCAAGUACGGGGUCAGCCAGAUUAUCAAUAAUAAGCUCGACAUCAUAACGAGUCUGGCAGAGUUUGCAAACAUCAGCAGGGUGGAGCUUGCAGAGGAGUCUGAAAAAGUGAACAUGGUGAAAAUCUACCUGCAGGAUCUGAAGCUGCUGACCCUACUGCUGGAAUCAAACAGUGCAAAAGACCUUGUCUGCCUCAUCACUGGCUAUUACAGACUGUUUGUGGAUGCAAAUGCCUCUAUAUUUACUUGGGGAGACAAAAAACAGCAACUGCACCGUGUCUCGGCUGAAGAAGGGUAUGAAUCUCGAACUUGCAGUGACUCUGAAGACUCCUGGGAGCUGGAUUCCUCCUCAGAUCAUUGCUUGAACACUCCUGUAGCAUACAGUAGCACUCAUCCUGUGUGCAACGAGGAGGAGCUUGGAGAGCUCCAUGAGCUGGAGGAGAACAGCAGGAAAUCCCAAGCUGGUGGGAGUGACCGAUGUGGUGGAGGUGACAAUGCAACAGACAGCACAUCUGAGGCUUCAGAUUCAGCCAACACUGAGAGCCGAGGGUUUAAGACAAGUGGCUCCAGUGACUCCAUGGAUGCUCUGGAGGAAGAGGAGUUGGAAGCCUGCUCUUCCUCCAGACCGGAGUUCUUCCACUUCUGUGCACCAACAGUGCAGGAGAUGAGCAGAUCAGACAAGAGCUUCUUUCCCAUUCAUGCUGCAGGAGGUUCCAGCAAGGCAGAAGCCAGAGACUACUUCUGCUUCUUGCAGGUACCCCAUGCAGAGGAGCCUGUAUGUGAAGGUAGCCCCUCUGAGCCGAGAGGAGAGGACACUGAUGCAUCUGUGCUUGAGACCAAGCUGUCUGAGAGAAACGCUGUGGGCUACUACAGCCUGUGCUACAGCUUAUCUCCUGCAGGCAGCAUGGAGAGAAGCAGCAACAGUCACAGCCAUCAAGGAAGUCCUUUGAAAGAUGGGUCUGCCCAGGAAAAGGCACCAUGUGGAGCAGAGCAGAUGGCAGACACAAGUAACCUUAUUUUGGAGCCACCCCCAGGCUUUGGUGACACCAGCUCUGAGGAGGAGUUCUAUGAUGCUGCAGACAGGCUCAGCCCUCCUGAUGCCCUGGCAGCAGGCUGCACUGUGACACCCCAGGAAGGUACAGACCCCUCCUGCAUCCCAAAGGAACUGAGGUUUUACAGAUCAAGGGAAAGCCUGGUGAGAAGGCAGGCAGCAAGGGAGGAACAAAGAAAGGAGAAGGAGCUGCUACCUGCCAAGAGCCUGAGGAAGAGGAGAUCCUUCCUGAAAACCGAUUACACCUCACAGGUCACUUUCCCCUUGGCCUUGCCAGGCUCUCUACAGAGCUGCUGCUCUUGGCCACCCCCACCCACACUCCCUGCUCUACCCCCAGCACAGAGCAGCAGAAGGGAUGCAGAGCUGGGACUUGCUGCUACCACCCAGUCCCAGAGGGACACAGCUGGCACAAACCCAUCCUCUGACUUGAUGGAAAUGGAGCCUGACACGAUGGAAACAAAAUCUGUGACGGACUCUAUGGUUUCUUCCAUCUCGGCUGUUCGCCUGCAGGGUGCCCAGCAUGGGGAGGAGGGUGCAGGGGUUGCCAUACCUGUCGAGGGUGGCCUCCAACUUGGACAUGCUGUACACCCACCUCUCCUGUCCCUGGGGGAAGUUAUGCCCCUUCCUGGGGGACAAAGCAGAGCUGCCCAGGGAAGUUCCUCCAUGAAGGCAAGUGCUGGGUGGCUGAAUGAGGAGAGCUGUGUGGCCGCUGGAGGCUGGCUGGCCCCAAGGGCAUUAGAAGAGCUGGAUGAGGGGACAGCAGCCCAGCAAAAGGCUGGUGAUGUACCCCCACUGCAGGGACCAGAGGGGGCUGGCCCUGAUAAGGAAAAUGUGCUGCUGCCAACAGCUCAUGGCCCCACCGGGCCUUCUCCCCAUGAAGUGGUCCAGGAACAGGCACUGCUGCCCACUGCUGGGAGGCAAGCAGAGUGUGAGGCACCUGUCCCAGCUCCCUGUGGAGAAGCAGAAGCCAAUUGUGACAGCUGUGCUGGAAGCAGCAGUGACCGUGCCCCGUCCCAGGCCAAAAACAGACACAUGAUAAGCAAGGAGGCCUUACAGAAAGUGCGCAAUAAAACUCAUGUGGGUUUUCCAGAUGCAGCCCAGCUCUUAACAGACUGCACCCACACUUCAGGGGUUAUAACUCGCCUCUCCUGGCUCUCGUUUGGGGUGAGGACAGACCUGUUAUCACCCAGCCCAUCUCAGGAAAGCGCAGACAUCCCACUAGAGCUUUUGGCCUCUCAGAAUACCAGUGGAUGCCUGGGGCCUGAUGCUGCCAGAAGGGAGAUGCAAACAUCCCCAGCUGGACCAUCCUUUGAGAAAGGGUUGGUAAGCAGCCAGGGGUUGGAUGAAGGAGAGCUCAGCAAAGACACAGGAGAUAUGGCUCACAAACAGCCACAGGCUGUUCACACUCUUCUUCCCAGAGAACAGCCUCCUGAGGUAGAGAAAGACUGUCCUCUAACUCCAUCUCUAGGGCUUUCCAUCUCCUCAGGCCCAUUUGGCUUAUGGGGGAAAAGAGCAGGAGACCCUGGGGCUUCAAAACUCUCCUUCCUCUGCUUUAACCACAAGAAGGAUGAGCAGACCCCUUCUGACCCCAUCAUGACUAGGUCCUUGAAUUUUUCCACAAUGAAGAAAACAUUACCACCACAACUCGGGACAGAGAAGUGCAGCUGUCCACUGUCCUAUGUCAGCUGUUUCCACAGGCCUGAUGACAAGGGGGAAUGCGAAGCCACCAUCCCCGUAUGCAGCACAUUUCUGCAGCCCCUCACUACCCCACCAUCCAGCAGCCAUAGUCUUCCUGGAACCCCUGUGGGCAAUUACCCAGUCUCCAUUGCUAGGGACAUGGCGUGGUGGGAUCCUCAUGUUCGAGCCCUCAGACAGCUGAAAGACCAAGCACAGGUGAACUCCGCGGAGUUCUCCUGCUUCCUAGCCUAUAUCACAGAGCUUCAGGACGUUGUGGGGAAGCUCUCUGGGAACGAAGCAGCUCACCUGCAAGAUCAGUGUGCAGAGCAGGGCACUGAGAGCAAGGGUGCCCUUGGCUUAGCCUCCCAAGACCUACUGUCCAGUUGCCAGGAGCUCCUUAAAACAGAGCAGCCCCUCAAAGAGCUACAGGAUGCCCUGAGGGUGACAUUUGGCCACCUGGUUCAGCUGGUGGUGACCUGCUUCCAGGUGACACACUGCCAGCUGUGCAGGCAGAGGCAGCAGGAGCUCAAGGCUGCACUAGUGGACGUGGUGGGCACCUACCACCAGCUUGUGCAGGCUGUUCACCAGCAGUUUUGCAGGCAGGGCUGCCCAGCUCUGGGUGCCAGUCUCCUCGCCCGCCAACACACAGCUCUUACAGCUGCCAUGUUUUGUCUACUGCAACAGUUCAGGGUUCCCCAGUUGUUGUGA